AUGUUUCCAGUCGUUAUUGCACUCAUCCUCUUGGCCUUCCAGUUGGCCAACGCUGCGGCUGUUCAGCCUCGACAGGUUGGCGAAACGGUGGUGACCAUUACUCAGGUAGUAACUGUCCCAAUUCAGACGCCAACGAAGACAUCAUUCUACACUGUCUUUGAAACCGUCACCGCGUCGCAGAGUUUCUCAAAUACUCUCCUUCCUGUAACUCAGAUCUCAGACGGCCAGAUCCAGGUGCCUCCCGCGCCUACUACCCCAUCUGUACCAAGCGGCACUGCUGUCAUCAACGGAGGUAGUUCCUCUGUCCUACCUCCAAGCUCCAGCAGCAAGAGCAUCGUUGAUACGCCAACAGUUGCUGUCCCGUCUUCACGAGCCGGAUUUUCCGGGCUUCAUUAUUCAGCCUCUUCUAUCGUCACCCCGUCGGCUCUACCCAUUUUCCCUAAGUAUACGUGGAAGCCAAGCACCCACUCUUCAAAUUCGAGCUACUGUACUGCCUCGAAGACCACUAUUACCCCUAGCAACCCGAUGGCCAGCAAGCCCGCGCCCAGCAAUCCGGCGGCCAGCAAUCCAAUGGCGUACUCGAGGUUGACUCUCGCCCAUAGCUCCAGCCUCGCAAGUGCGAUGGUACACCCGUCACCCACGCCGAUAAAGCCGCCGGUUGCCACGCAGUCUAGUAAUUUCUUCACCAUUCUCUACCCCAUCCCCAAUACCAAGCCUUCGAGUCAGCCGACCGGUUCUUCGAAGCCCAUAAUCGCUACCAAGCCUACCACACCCAUUGCUUCUAGUAGCAAACACCCAGCGACUCCAAAUCCAACGCCGGCACACAGUAGCUCUAGCUCCCACAGCACAGCCAUAGUCGUUGUCCCCGUCACAGGCAGUGCCCUUGCAAGCCUGAUCUCGAAGAUGGGUACCCCGGCAUCGUCUCCUACGCCUCACCAUCCUCGCGACUUCCGUAGGGCGGAGAAAUCAGACGCCGUUCUCUUAUUGUUCUCGAAAGUGUUUACGAAGAGUCCCAGCUUGGUCAACACGAUAAACCUGGAGCCCGUGACGAGCUUAUCGACUAAGCCCGCGUCUAUAUUGUAUGAGUGCGGAACACCCAUCCAGACCUCGCCAGCUACCGUCAUAACGCACAUCUCAACUCCUUUUGGCUAUGGUCUCUUGGCUCCCACGCCCACUACGCCUUCAAAGGUCUCGUACUCUUUCAAACUGGGUCCUAAUUCAUCAUCGAAGCCCCCUCCACCCCCACCAGCGUCUACUCACCCACCACCCCCUCCUCCACCACCACCGCCACCACCAGCUUCUUCUUCAACUAAGUACCGUGUGUCUGACCUCCCCAAGACUUUCACGAAGCAUAUAAAGGAGAGGAUGGCAGAGCCUACGCCGGCUGUGGGCGCGUUCUCUGGGCUCCACUACUCAGCUUCACCCAUCGCAACCCCCUCCAACUGGCUGAUUGUGGACGAGAACCCAAGCCCAAGCAUCCCCGUCGUCACAAGAAAUCCACUCUUAGUACCAGCUUCAGGCCAACCUUAAGUGCAAAGCCAGCUUUCAGCCAAGCCCCGACCUCCAAGAAACCUAAUCCCACCCCGGCUUCUUCCUUCUCAAAGCCAAGCUAUAUCACAUGGAGCACGAAGCAAACAUCCGCCCCAAAACCUACCACACCUACUAUCCCCGCUAAGCCUACCAGCACCAAGAAGCUAUGGUGCCCCUACCCAGGCCGGAAGUGCCACGUGCCCUCCCAAAAGCCUAAGCCCAAGGAGACGCGGAGUAGGAGGUGGUGUCCGUAUCCUGGGCAAGGCUGCUAGUUUGUGAUUGGCCCUUUGCCAUCUUUCAUCUGACGAGCAUAUCAUCGGCGAGGGCGGUGGUAUAGCUCAGCAGCUUCUUUGUUGGAGAGAUCAGCGUUUUCUUUCUUAGGUUUUUUUUUGUAGUAAAGUCUAUCCCUGCGUGUCGAGAAGCCCCCCGUGCCGAGAAAAUCAGCGGGUACAUUAACUUUAAGCAACUUAGACCUAGUGC